AUGGUGGCCCUUUAUGCUGAAGAGAUUGCUGCCCUGCAGCCGCUGGAUCACUCUGCUGCCCUCAAUUGUAGAAAAGUUUAACUUUUGUGACCUAAAGCUGUCGUUGUCACAAUAGGCAAGGACGUGCUGUCCUGUUUAAUCAAUGGUGCAGCAAAAAUGUUUUGCAAGAAGGUGAAAGUAGGUUUUUCCUAGAUUCAAAAAUGUUCUCUCUCCCUUCUCAAUGGUGUGUAAGGGAUGAGGUGAGGAUCAGAAGUGGGCUGCUGAGAUUGCAGAUGUGAAGAACCACUGCAAGCUGCUGGAGAAGGUGACCUUGGGAUAUGAAGACGCUGUGGAGGAGCUAAAAGCCACCACGCAACGGAGUGCUCCUUUGACCAUUACCACUUCACAAUCACAUGAAAUCAGCAUUGUUGUUUUUAACUGCUUUUGCUGAGAUUCAUUUGCAUAGCUUCAUUUUACGGGAAAAGCCUGACACGGAAACGCAAAUGUUUUUCUUCACAGGUACCAGAUUGUGCUGCAAGAAAGAGGAGCGGCAGACUGUGGUGAACAACAUAGCCAGUGUGCUCAUCGCGGCUAUCAACCACUUGUCCAUUGUGGAGGUCAGUCCUAUAUGGCCGUUUGUAACAGUCUCGUCCCUAACAUUAAUUCAAGGCCUCGUUCCUUCAUACAGUGACUUUAGUUAAUUUUUUUGGGCCACUGAUCCUGAAUGUGUGUUUUGUGUUUUUUACCCUUUUCCAGAAAUUCAUGGAAUACCAAUUUAAUAGUGUCUCGAGUCUACAGGAAAGCCCUCCAGGAGGAUGAUCCGGACCUUCUAAAGGAAAUGGUGGAAAGCUUAGUCGCUAAAGCCAACCUGUGCUGAGUGAUUGUUAACCUUACCCUGUAUUAAUAUUCAUGUUGUGUAAAUAAAUAUUAUGUACUACAUUUGUAAAAAAUAAAAUAAAAAGUAUAAAAACCACUAGCAUUAAUUGUUAACAUUUUUUAUGCCCUAAUGAACAUGACCCUGGAGGCCUACAUACAGUAUUUCAGUCAAGUGAUUCUGUCUCAUUCCAAUCGUCUCUUAGCCAACAUGCCACGCUUUGACCGUUAUAAUUCACAAUUAUUAUUGUAUGCACAAGGCAGUAGCAUUACCUGUUCCAGUAAACGGAGUCUAAAUACCUUUUCCCGUAAGUGAUGUCAAUCUAUACUGCCAAUCUAAAUGCCGUAAGCGAUGUCAAUCUAAAUCCGAGGCGGUUGGUAAUGGGAGGACGGCUCAUAAUAAUGAAUGGAAUUAUAUCUAACACUUGGAAACCAGGUGUUGUGUUUGAGACAAUGCCGUUACUAUGAGCCCAUCCUCCCCAUUUUAAGUUCCACCAGCCACCACUGAUCUAAAUGCCAUACAAUCAGUUGCUUGCCAACAACGUACUCUGCAACAAUUCAUUUGAAACCUAACAUUCUUAGCUUGACAAGGAAGUAACCGCAACCAUGCCGCACCCUUUCCCGUCAAUCUAGACUCAAGUGAAUACCAGUAUCUAAUGGCUGUUCGUGACUUGGGUUGGCUUUCACCUGAAAAUGCCUUUGAGUUACAGUUGCACAAUCCCAUGACGGACCGUCUCUUAUGUUUGUUGAUGUUAGAUGAGAAAAUGAAACAAUGUCCUUAAGAAUGCACAUUCAUUAAAAUGCAAUGCAUCAAGUUUCAUGACUGUAAUAAUAUGAUGUACCUCUAAUUCAGAGGAGUACGGUUAAAUGCGGAAGACACAUUUCAGUUGAAUGCAUUAGUUGUACAACUGACUAGGUAUCUCCUUUUCCCUAUAUAGCUGAUAAUGGUAUUUCUUGGUAUCACCUUGAAUUGAAAAAAGUGACACUUUGAAAGUCAUAACACAAUCAUUCCUACUGUCAUAGUAUAGGGUGCAUACUGUGCCUUCAGAAAGUAUGCAUACCCUUUGACUUAGUCCACAUUUUGUUGUUACUCCCUGAAUUCAGAAUUGAUACCAAAAAAAUAAUCCUCACCCAUCUACACACAAUACCCCAUAAUGGCAAAGUGAAAACAUUUUAGCAAAUGUAUUCAAAAUGAAAUACAGAAAUAUCUCAUUUACAUACAGUUGAAGUCGGAAGUUUACAUACACUUAGGUUGGAGUCAUUAAAACUCGUUUCUCAGCCACUCCACAAAUUUCUUGUUAACAAACUAUAGUUUUGGCAAGUUGGUUAGGACAUCUACUUUGUCCAUGACACAAGUAAUUUUUUCAACAAUUGUUUACUGACAGAUUAUUUCACUUAUAUUUCACUGUAUCACAAUUCCAGUGGGUCAGAAGUUUACAUACACUAAGUUGACUGUGCCUUUAAACAGCUUGGAAAAUUCCAGAAAAUGAUGCCAUGGAGGUGUACCUGUGGAUGUAUUUCAAGGCCUACCUUCAAACUCAGUGCCUCUUUGCUUGACAUCAUGGGGAAAUCAAAAGAAAUCAGCCAAGACCUCAGAAGAAAAAUUGUAGACCUCAACAAGUCUGGUUCAUCCUUGGGAGCAAUUUCCAAACGCCUGAAGGUACCACGUUCAUCUGUACAAACAAUAGUACGGAAGUAUAAACACCAUGGGACCACGCAGCCGUCACACCGCUCAGGAAGGAGACGCGUUCUGUCUCCUAGAGAUUAAUGUACUUUGGUGCGAAAAGUGCAAAUCAAUCCCAGAAAAACAGCAAAGGACCUUGUGAAAAUGCUAUAGGAAACAGGUACACAACUAUCUAUAUCCACAGUAAAACAAGUCCUAUAUCGACAUUUACAUACACAUUUUAGAAGACGCUCUUAUCCAGAGCGACGUACAGUUAGUGAGUGCAUACAUUUUCAUACUGGCCCCCCGUGGGAAUCGAACCCACAACCCUGGCGUUGCAAGCGCCAUGCUCUACCAACUGAGCUACACGGGGCCAGACAUAACCUGAAAGGCCGCUCAGCAAGGAAGAAGCCACUGCUCCAAAACCGCCAUAAAAAAGCCAGACUACGGUUUGCAACUGCACAUGGGGACAAAGAUCGUACUUUUUGGAGAAAUGUCCUCUGGUCUGAUGAAACAAAAAUGGAACUGUUUGGCCAUAAUGAACAUUGUUAUGUUUGCUGGAAGAAGGGGGAUGCUUGCAAGCCGAAGAACACCAUCACAACCGUGAAGAAUGGGGGUGGCAGCAUCAUGCUGUGGGGGUGCUUUGCUGCAGGAGGGACUGGUGCACUUCACAAAAUAGAUGGCAUCAUGAGGAAGGAAAAUUAUGUGGAUAUAUUGAAAUAACAUCUCAAGACAUCAGCCAGGAAUUUAAAACUUGGUCGCAAAUGGUUCUUCCAAAAGGACAAUGACCCCAAGCAUACUUCCAAAGUUGUGGCAAAAUGGCUUAAGAACAACAAAGUCAAGGUAUUGGAGUGGCCAUCACAAAGCCCUGACCUCAAUCCUAUAGAAAAUAUGUGGGCAGAACUGAAAAAGCGUAUACGAGCAAGGAGGCCUACAAACCUGACUCAGUUACACCAGCUCUGUCAGGAGGAAUGGGCCAAAAUUCACCCAACUUAUUGUGGGAAGCUUGUGGAAGGCUACCCAAAACAUUUGACCCAAGUUAAACAAUUUAAAGGCAAUGCUACCAAAUACUAAUUGAGUGUAUGUAAACUUCUGACCCACUGGGAAUGUGAUGAAAGAAAUAAAAGCUUAAAUAAAUCAUUCUCUCUACUAUUAUUCUGACAUUUCACAUUCUUAAAAUAAAGUGGUGAUCCUAACUGACCUAAGACAGGGAAUUUUUACUAGGAUUAAAUGUCAGGAAUUGUGAAAAACUGAGCUUAAAUGUAUUUGGAUAAGGUGUAUGUAAAGUUCCGACUUCAACUGUAAGUAUUCACACCUUUGAGUCAAUGCGUGUUACAAUCACCUUCGUCAGCGAUUACAGCUGAGUUUUUCUGGGUAAGUCUCUAAGAGCAUUGCACACCUGGAUUGUACAAUAUUUGCACAUUAUUCUUUAAAAAAUUCUUCAAGCUUUGUUAAGUUGGUUGUUGAUCGCAAAAUCUUGCUAUACAUUUUCAAUCUUAUUUAAGUCAGCUGUAACUAGGCCACUCAGGAAUAUUCAAUGCCGUCUUGGUAAGCAACUCCAGUGUAUAUUUGGCCUUGUGUUUUAGGUUAUUGUCCUGCUUAAAGGUGAAUUUGUCUCCCAGUGUCUGUUGGAAAGCAGACGGAACCAGGUUUUCCUCUAGGAUUUUGUCUGUGCUUAACUCUAUUCUGUUUCUUUUUAUCCCCCCAAAAACUUGCUAGUCCUUGCCGAUGACAAGCAUACCCAUAACAUGACACCAAGCUUGACACCAAGCUUGAAAAUUUGAAGAGUGGUACUCAGUGAUGUGUUGUGUUGGAUUUGCCCCAAACAUAAUGCAUUGCAUUCAGGACAUAAAGUUCAUUUCUUUGCCACAUUGUUUUGCAGUUUUACUUUAGUGCCUUUUUGCAAACAGGAUGCAUGUUUUUGAAUAUUUGUAUUCUGUACAGGCUUCCUUCUUUUCACUCUGUCAUUUAGGUUAGUAUUGUGAAGUAGCUACAUUGUUGUUGAUCCAUCCUCAGUUUUCUCCUACCACAGCCAUUAAACUCUGUAAUGGUUUUAAAGUCACAAUUGGCCUCAUGGUGAAAUCCCUGAGCGGUUUCCAUCCUUUCCGGCAACUGAGUUAGGAAGGAUGCCUGUAUCUUUGUUGUGACUGGGUGUAUUGAUACACCAUCUAAAGUGUCAUUUUUAUUUUUUAUUUUUUUUAUUUCACCUUUAUUUAACCAGGUAAGCCAGUUGAGAACAGGUUCUCAUUUACAACUGCGACCUGGCCAAGAUAAAGCAAAGUAGUGCAAUAAAAACAACACAGAGUUACAUAUGGGGUAAAAAAAAAAACAUAAAGUCAGAAAUACAACAGAAAAUAUAUAUACAGUGUGUGCAAAUGUAGCAAGUUAUGGAGGUAAGGCAAUAAAUAGGCUAUAGUGCAGAAUAAUUACAAUAGUAUUAACACUGGAAUGCUAGAUGUGCAAGAGAUUAUGUGCAAAUAGAGAUACUGGGGUGCAAAAGAGCAAAAUAAAUAACAAUAUAGGGAUGAGGUAGUUGGGUGGGCUAAUUUCAGAUGGGCUGUGUACAGGUGCAGUGAUCGGUAAGGUGCUCUGACAACUGAUGCUUAAAGUUAUUGAGGGAGAUAAGAGUCUCCAGCUUCAGAGAUUUUUGCAAUUCGUUCCAGUCAUUGGCAGCAGAGAACUGGAAGGAAUGGCGGCCAAAGGAGGUGUUGGCUUUGGGAAUGACCAGUGAGAUAUACCUGCUGGAGCGCAGGCUACGGGUGGGUGCUGCUAUGGUGACCAAUGAGCUAAGAUAAGGCGGGGAUUUGCCUAGCAGUGAUUUAUAGAUGGCCUGGAUUUGCCUAGCAGAUAAGGCGGGGAUUUGCCUAGCAGUGAUUUAUAGAUGGCCAUUAAUACAUUCACCAUGCUCAAAGGGAUAUUCAAUGUCUGCUUUUUGUUUUGUUUUUUUGUCUGUAACACAACAAAAUGGGGGAAAAGUAAAGGGGUGUGAUUACUUUUCUGAAGGCCUCAUGUCAAGACAAAAGUUAUUCUCGACAUACAUGUUUUGUCAAAAUUACCAAUUGAAGAAUGCAGUGUAUAGACUAUACAGUGGCUUGCCAAAGUAUUCACGCCCCCAUUUGUAUCAAAUGAUACAAAUGGGGGGUUUGUAUCAUUUGAUUUACACAACAUGCCUACCACUUUGAAGAUGCAAAAUAUUUUUUAUUGUGAAACAAACAAGAAAUAAGACAAAAAAACAGAACUUGAGCGUGCAUAACUAUUCGCCCACCCAAAGUCAAUACUUUGUAGAGCCACCUUUUGCAGCAAUUACAGCUGCAAGUCUCUUGGGGUAUGUCUCUAUAAGCUUGGCACAUCUAGCCACUGGGAUUGUUGACCAUUCUUCAAGGCAAAACUGCUCCAGCUCCUUCAAGUUGGAUGGGUUCCGCUGGUGUACAGCAAUCUCAUACCACAGAUUCUCAAUUGGAUUGAGGUCUGGGCUUUGACUAGGCCAUUCCAAGACAUUUAAAUGUUUCCCCUUAAACCACUUGAGUGUUGCUUUAGCAGUAUGCUUAGGGUCACUGUCCUGCCGGAAGGUGAACCUUCGUCCCAGUCUCAAAUCUCUGGAAGACUGAAACAGGUUUCCCACAAGAAUUUCCCUGUAUUUAGCGCGAUCCAUCAUUCCUUCAAUUCUGACCAGUUUCCCAGUCCCUGCUGAUGGAAAACAUCCCCACAGCAUGAUGCUGCCACCACCAUGCUUCACUGUGGGGAUGGUGUUCUCGGGUUGAUGAGAGGUGUUGGGUUUGCGCCAGACAUAGUGUUUUCCUUGAUGGCCAAAAAGCUCAAUUUUACUUUCAUCUGACCACAGUACCUUCUUCCAUAUGUUUGGGGAGUCUCCCACAUGACUUUUGGCGAACACCAAACGUGUUUGCUUAUUUUUUCUUUAAGCAAUGGCUUUUUUCUGGCCACUUCCAUAAAGCCCAGCUCUGUAUACGGCUUAAAGUGGUCCUAUGGACAGACACUCCAAUCUCCGCUGUGGCGCUUUGCAGCUCCUUCAGGGUUAUCUUUGGUCUCUUUGUUGCCUCUCUGAUUAAUGCCCUCCUUGCCUGGUCCGUGAGUUUUGGUGGGCGGCCCUCUCUUGGCAGGUUUGUUGUGGUGCCAUAUUCUUUCCCUUUUUUAAUAAUGGAUUUAAUGGUGCUCUGUGGGAUGUUCAAAGUUUCUGAUAUUUUUUAUAACCCAACCCUGAUCUGUACUUCUCCACAACUUUGUCUCUGACCUGUUUGGAGAGGUCCUAGGUCUUCAUGCUGCCGCUUGCUUGGUGGUGCCCCUUGCUUAGUGGUGUUGCAGGUGUAUAUAUACUGAGAUCAUGUGACAGAUCAUGUGACACUUAGAUUGCACACAGGUGGACUUUAUUUAACUAAUUAUGUGACCUCUGAAGGUAAUUGGUUGCACCAGAUCUUAUUUAGGGGCUUCAUAGCAAAGGGGGUGAAUACAUAUGCACGCACCACUUUUCCGUUAUUAAUUAUUUGAAUUCUUUGAAACACGUUAUUUUUUAAAUUUCACCAAUAAGGACUAUUUUGUGUAUAUCCAUUACAUGAAAUCCAAAUAAAAAUCUAUUUAAAUUACAGGUUGCAAUGCAACAAAAUAGGAAAAACACCAAGGGGGAUGAAUAAUACAAAUAAUAAAAAUAAUAUGCCUUUUAGCAGACACUUUUAUCCAAAGCGACUUACAGUCAAGCGUGCAUACAUUUUCACGUAUAGGUGGUCCAAGGGAUCGAACCCACUAACCUGGCGUUACAAGCGCCAUGCUCUACCAAUUGAGCUACAGAGGACCAUGAAUAAUUUUGCAUUUCUGUAUUUCUAGCAGAGGAGGCUGGUGGGAGGAGCUAUAGGAGGACGGGCACAUUGUAAUGGCUGGAAUGGAGUAAAUGGAACGAAGUCAAACGUGGUUUCCAUAUGUUUGAUGUUCCAUUUAUUAUUUUCCGUUCCAUUUAUACGAUUCCAGCCAUCACAAUGAGCCCAUCCUCCUAUAGCUCCUCCCACCAGCCUCUUCUGAUUUCUAGACAUCAUAUCAACAGUAGGGCUAUAAGAUUAGUUUAGAACUGAUAAGAAUAGAGGCACUGUAAGUGCUGUUAUUGUGAAGUGGAAACGUCUAGGAGCGACAACGGCUCAGCCGCGAAGUUGUAGGCCACACAAGCUCACAGAACGGGACUGCUCAGUUCUGUAGCGCGUAAAAAUCAUCUGUCCUCGGUUGCAACACUCACUACUGAGUUCCAAACUGCCUCUAGAAGCAACGUCCGUACAAGGUCUGUUCUUUGGGAGCUUCAUGAAAUGGGUUUCCUUGGCAGAGCAGCCGCACACAAGCCUAAGAUCACCAUGCGCAAUGCCAAGCGUCAGCUGGAGUGGUGUAAAGCUUGCCACCAUUGGACUGGAGCAGUGGAAACGCGUUCUCUGGAGUGAUUAAUCCCACUUCACCAUCUGGCAGUCUGGGUUUGGCGGAUGCCAGGAGAACCCUACCUGCCCGAAUGCAUAGUGCCAACUGUAAAGUUUGGUGGAGUAGGAAUAAUGGUCUGGGGCUGUUUUUCAUGGUUCAGGCUCCUUAGUUCCAGUGAAGGGAAAUCUUAACGCUACAGCAUACAAUGACAUUCUAGACUAUUCUGUGCUUCCAACUAUGUGGCAACAGUUUGGGGAAGGCCCUUUCCUGUUUCAGCAUGACGAUGCCCCCAUGCACAAAGCGAGGUCCAUACAGAAAUGGUUUGUCAAGAUCAGCGUGGAAGAACUUGACUGGCCUGCACAGAGCCCUGACCUCAACCCCAUCGAACACCUUUGGGAAGAAUUGGAACGCCGACUGCGAGCCAGGCCUAAUCGCCCAACAUCAGUGCCCGACCUCACUAAUGCUCUUGUGGCUGAAUGGACGCAAGUCCCCACAGCAAUGUUCCAACGUCUAGUGGAAAGCCUUCCCAGAAGAGUGGAGGCUGUUAUAGCAGCAAAGGGGGGACCAACUCCAUAUUAAUGCCCAUGAUUUUGGAAUGAGAUGUUCUACGAGCAUGUGUCCACAUACCUUUGGUCAUGUAGUAUAUUUAUAGCAGAGGAGGCUGGUGGGAGGAGCUAUAGGAGGACGGGCACAUUGUAAUGGCUGGAAUGGAGUAAAUGGAACGAAGUCAAACGUGGAUUCCAUAUGUUUGAUGUUCCAUUUAUUAUUUUCCGUUCCAUUUAUACGAUUCCAGCCAUCACAAUGAGCCCAUCCUCCUAUAGCUCCUCCCACCAGCCUCUUCUGAUUUCUAGACAUCAUAUCAACAGUAGGGCUAUAAGAUUAGUUUAGAAUUGAUAAGAAUAGAGGUGAGGAUGGGCAGACAGUCUCUAUACCUAACUCUGUUGUGGAUAGAAACAUUUGUACAAGCCAUUUACAGUGGGGGGAAAAAGUAUUUAGUCAGCCACCAAUUGUGCAGGUUCUCCCACUUAAAAAGAUGAGAGAGGCCUGUAAUUUUCAUCAUAGGUACACGUCAACUAUGACAGUCAAAAUGAGGAAAAAAAUUCCAGAAAAUCACAUUGUAGGAUUUUUUAUGAAUUUAUUUGCAAAUUAUGGUGGAAAAUAAGUAUUUGGUCAAUAACAAAAGUUUCUCAAUACUUUGUUAUAUACCCUUUGUUGGCAAUGACACAGGUCAAACGUUUCUGUACGUCUUCACAAGGUUUUCACACACUGUUGCAGGUAUUUUGGCCCAUUCCUCCAUGCAGAUCUCCUCUAGAGCAGUGAUGUUUUGGGGCUGUCGCUGGGCAACACGGACUUUCAACUCCCUCCAAAGAUUUUCUAUGGGGUUGAGAUCUGGAGACUGGCUAGGCCACUCCAGGACCUUGAAAUGCUUCUUACGAAGCCACUCCUUCGUUGCCCGGGCGGUGUGCUUGGGAUCAUUGUCAUGCUGAAAGACCUAGCCACGUUUCAUCUUCAAUGCCCUUGCUGAUGGAAGGAGGUUUUCACUCAAAAUCUCACGAUACAUGGCCCCAUUCAUUAUUUCCUUUACACAGAUCAGUCGUCCUGGUCCCUUUGCAGAAAAACAGCCCCAAAGCAUGAUGUUUCCACCCCCAUGCUUCACAGUAGGUAUGGUGUUCUUUGGAUGCAACUCAGCAUUCUUUGUCCUCCAAACACGACAAGUUUAGUUUUUACCAAAAAGUUCUAUUUUGGUUUCAUCUGACCAUAUGACAUUCUCCCAAUCCUCUUCUGGAUCAUCCAAAUGCACUCUAGCAAACUUCAGACGGGCCUGGACAUGUACUGGCUUAAGCAGGGGGACACGUCUGGCACUGUAGGAUUUGAGUCCCUGGCGGCGUAGUGUGUUACUGAUGGUAGGCUUUGUUACUUUGGUCCCAGCUCUCUGCAGGUCAUUCACUAGGUCCCCCCGUGUGGUUCUGGGAUUUUUGCUCACCGUUCUUGUGAUCAUUUUGACCCCACGGGGUGAGAUCUUGCGUGGAGCCCCAGAUCGAGGGAGAUUAUCAGUGGUCUUGUAUGUCUUCCAUUUCCUAAUAAUUGCUCCCACAGUUGAUUUCUUCAAACCAAGCUGCUUACCUAUUGCAGAUUCAGUCUUCCCAGCCUGGUGCAGGUCUACAAUUUUGUUUCUGGUGUCCUUUGACAGCUCUUUGGUCUUGGCCAUAAUGGAGUUUGGAGUGUGACUGUUUGAGGUUGUGGACAGGUGUCUUUUAUACUGAUAACAAGUUCAAACAGGUGCCAUUAAUACAGGUAACGAGUGGAGGACAGAGGAGCCUCUUAAAGAAGAAGUUACAGGUCUGUGAGAGCCAGAAAUCUUGCUUGUUUGUAGGUGACCAAAUACUUAUUUUCCACCAUAAUUUGCAAAUAAAUUCAUUAAAAAUCCUACAAUGUGAUUUUCUGGAGAAAAAAAAUCUCUACUUGUCUGUCAUAGUUGAGGUGUACCUAUGAUGAAAAUUACAGGCCGCUCUCAUCUUUUUAAGUGGGAGAACUUGCACAAUUGGUGGCUGACUAAAUACUUUUUUCCCCACUGUACUUUGGGCUAGUUCUUGGACUUCAAAUCAAAGCCAAUUACUCAUUAACUUUCAACAAACAACAAAACUUUACAAAUGUCAAGACACAGUUAGGUGUCAAGGCACAGGUAGUUCACUUCACUCAUCAAGCUGACAAGGUAAAACUGGAUGUUGUUUACCACGGUGACAGUCAGUUCCCAGUGGUCAGCUUGUUCCUGUUCCCUUUCUCAGCCUGCAUCUCAUUCAGACAUACAAUGCUGUUACGGCUGAUGGGUAGUCUGAACAGUCUGUGUCAGUGCUAUGCUGCUGCUGCUGCUUCCCUUGAGAGCAGAUGUGAUGUAUUUUUGUGUUUGUGUGACAAAGUGUACUGGCCUAUGUUGUGAUGUGAUUCAGUUGAGUAGCUUUAGGUAUAGAGAGAGAGAGCGAGAAAGAGAUGCCAAUCUAAGGGGAGGCCAUUGAGUUCUGCUAUAAUAGGUUUCAGCCAACCAGCACCAGACAAACAUAAACUAUUAAUAGAUGAAUAAUAAAUGUGAUAAUAAUAUACAUUAUUAAAACAUGUCUGAUUCUUCCCUCAAAUCAAUUUGUGUUUGUGAACAAGUAUUGUCCUAGACAAUUACAGUUUCAAGAUAUAAAUAUGUGCAGUUCAAUAGGGGGAAAAUAAAACAAACUAAAUGUCAAAACACAAAAACAAAAACAACAUGAAAAUGAAAAAGGACAAAACAAAAUAGAUUAAAGACAAAUAGUUUUCAGUAUUUCCAAAUUAAAACGGUCUAUUCAAAUUUCAUUCUCAACCAACCCAGAGCCUCAUAGGUAAACUGAGAAAAAGACAGAGCAGGGCAAUGCUAUCUCACAUUGUUGUUAAAUUAGCUCUUGCAAGUGGGAGAGAGCAUGUGACAAAUUUACCAGAGUUUUGGGCUUGGCCCCACGCAGUCUGGCAGUGGGUCUUUCCAGCUGCGCAAUAUCCAAGUACAUUAGCAACCAAAAUCUGCAAAGGGCAAUACCCGGUUCAAACCAACUCCUUAGAAUAGUUUUUUUGCCUACUGUUAAUGCAGCCAUAAAAAUCUGCCUCUUUUGAUAAGAUAACAAAAUGCUAGGGUUACAACCUAGCCGGAGGAGGGAUGGGCAAACAGGUAUGUUUCUGCCAAGAAUACAAUUUAAAACAAUAACAACAUGAACCCAAAUAGACUUCACCGGUACACAGCUCCAAAACAUAUGCAUAUAUUUGGCCACCUUAGAUUGGAUACAUUUAUUACAUAAAUCACUAUCCACAAGCUUCAUUUUGAACCUUCGCUCUGGGGUAAAAUAAAACCUUUGAGUAAAUUUGAAAUGAAUAAGUUGAUGGACAAGGCUCUUAGAAGAGGCAAAAAUAUUGCCCCAUAUCGUGGUCCAAUCCCAUUCAAACGCUGCACUUUGUAGGUAAUUCUCCCAGAUCUCCAUAACAGGUAUAUGUUUUAUAUUAUGAGUUACUAGCCUAUCAUAUAGUGAGGACACCACUGGACAUGAAAGUGAUUUCAAUAAAGCGUGGCAGUAUGGUUUGGUGUCCCAUGGUACACCGUAGGUUUUCAAUGCUGUACGAAUUAUGAGAUAAAAAAUAGAAAUAAAGAAAACAGGAAGAACCAUAUAGAGAUUAUGACUCUUUCAGAUCUUGAAAGGAACGAAGCCCUUGCAGGUUGAAGAUGUCCUUCAAAACAUGAACACCUUGCUUAGACCAAGGAGGGAAUGUAAAGGGCAUAAAGCCAGAUAAAAUAAAAUUGAUAUUCCAAAUAGGUGAUAACUUGUGAAAAUUGCAAGUUGUGCCCAGAUAAUUAUUGAUUUGGUACCAAACUGUAAAUUUAUUUUUUAUAAUAGAUCCCAUAAAAGAUUAGGACGUUUUUUGCUUUAUCAGAAGAAUUCUAAUUGGGUGAGACUUGGCCUCCUCUAUUUUCCACCAAGGCACAUCAGAUGAAGAGCCAAGAAAAAUAGUCAGUGACCUCAGCUGGAAUGCAUAGUAGAGUUUAAAGUUGGGUAAAGAGAUCCCUCCAAACUCUUUGAGGCGUUGUAAGGUGGAGAGACUAAUUCAAUUGAAAUUUCUCCCCAAAAUACUGUAUCUACAGACCCUUUCCCUUUUUCCAAAAUUUGUUACGUUACAUUUGUAAAAAAUUCUAAAAACCUGUUUUUGCUUUGUCAUUAUGGGGUAUUGUGUGUAGAUUGAUGAGGAAAAAAACUAUUUAAUCCAUUAUAGAAUAAGGCUGUAACACAACAAAAUGUAGAAAAAGUGAAGGGGUCUGAAUAAUUUCCGAAUGCACUGUAUGUCCUUAAAUAAUGAAGUUGGGGGAGGAAGAGAAAGCAUUGAAAACAAGAAAUUAAUGAUGUGCUUCCCUCUCUCCGUCCUUCCCUCCUUCUCUCUCAGUCCUUCUCCAACUGAAGCAGCUAGAGCAGCCAGUCUCCCACCCUACUAGGGCGUAUUCUUGGUCCGUCUUCUAUCAGUUCUUCAUCUGGUCAGUCUCCCACCCUACUAGGGUGUAUUCUUGGUCCCUCUUCUAUCAGUUCUUCAUCUGGUCAGUCUCCCACCCUACUAAAGCGUAUUUUUACACCUUUCCUAUCACCCCUCCUUCCACACCUCCUAUCACCCCUCCGAUCACCCGUCCUUCCACGCCUCCUAUCACCCCUCCUUCCACCUUUCCUACCACCCCUCCUUCCACCUUUGCGAUCACCCCUCCUAUCACCCCUCCUUCCACCUUUCUUAACACCCCUCCUUCCACCCGUCCUAUCACCCCUCCUUCCACCCCUCCUAUCACCCCUCCGAUCACCCCUCCUUCCACCCCUCCUAUCACCCUUCCUUCCACCUUCCCUAUCACCCCUCCUUCCACCUUUCCGAUCACCCCUCCUAUCACCCCUCCUUCCACCUUUUCUAACACCCCUCCUAUCACCCCUCCUUCCACCUUUCCGAUCACCCCUCCUUCCACCUUUCCUAACACCCCUCCUAUCACCCCUCCUUCCACUCCUCCUUCCACCCCUCCUCUACCAGUUCUUCAUCUAUAGUGCAGUGUCUCCCACCACCAUGCCGGCCAUAGUGAACCUGCUCUUCAACACGGUGUCCACCAACACCACCAUCUCCUUCUCCCUGGUGCUGCUCCUGGUCAGCAUCCUCUCCCUCCUGGUGGGGGUCGGGGGGUCAUCUGCUCAUGUGGCUAGUGCUGAUGUGUAAACUGCGGCGACGCUCCAAGCCCAGCUCCGUGCUGCUCCUCAACCUGAGCCUGGCCGACCUGUGCGCCCUGCUCACCCUGUCCUGCGUCCUGCCCAGCAACAGCUCCCAGGACUGCUAGGGGACGGUAUCUGUGUGCUGCUGGGCUUCGUCACCUCCCUGAUGGCCGGAGUGCAUUAUACAGUAUUUAGUCUGGAAGCCUUGUCGGUGCUCAGCUACCGCAUAGUGGCCCACCUGCUAAAACGCCCGCCAGCCCCACUGAAGUGUAAGUAUAGGAAUUAUGGAAUUACACUACUCAUCUACACUCAGUUGGAGCCCCCUCAGCUAUAUACCCUCCUCUCUCCCCCUUUCUCAGAGCCGGGAUCGUGGCAGUGAUCUCGCUAGUCUCUGUCACAAUCGCCAUUCCCCAGGUCACCUACAUCCAUUUUGACAGUGGUGUAUGUGGUCUGUGACUGGGUUCCCUGGUGCCAGCCUUCCUGGUCUACUACUUUGCUCCGCUCCUCUGCAACGCCCUCAACUGUGGCCUCAUCAUCAACCACCUCCAUCGCUGCCGGGGCACGCUGGCUGCAGACCGCCUCAACAAGAAGGCCACAGCGCUCCUGAUUGGGUCAACGCUGGUCUUCGCCAUCAACUGGCUGCCCUACUACGCCCUGGAGUUCAUCAACGUCAUGUCCCCCUACGUCAGCUCCACUGCCUUGCCUAUCAGCCAACAAUCCUUCAGGGGUGGAGGGGUCUCCCAUUGCGCUCCUCCUACAUCAACUCGUCCGCUUCCCCGACACGUAGCUGUCUCUCCUCUGGGAGGUGGCGUCUCUGUCGGACAUCUUGUUGGUGUGUUUGGCAUCCUGCCAUCACUGAGGACAUUUUGGGAAGCCUGCUCCCGCGUAUCACCCCCACGCGGCCACCAUGUUUUCCUCGCCCCCGGCCUCCUCCCAGCACACCUUGCAACUCAGGCUGAUCCAAUGAGAUGA